ACCCACGCGACUCCCCUCCUUUCUCCCGCCUUAGAUCGUCCCAUGAGCCUUUUGCCAUCGCGCUGGGCUCAGUCCUCCUUGGGCGAGAAGUGCGCUUUGUAUCUAGAGUCCGUUGCAGGCUACAUCCCGGUCUCUCUGUCCCGCCUGCUAUUAUCGGACGGCCACGCUGUCGGUAGGAGUGGCAGACCGAUCCACGACUACGGGUUCAUCACCGCCGCUCUCCUCCUUCCGAUCCUCCUCCUCCUCGCCAUCGUUUUCACCAUGAGCUGGCGGGCUCCGUUUAAUUUCUUGCGUCGACCGUCGUUCCCUGUCCAUUCGAACCAGCACCAUCACGCCCCGCCGCAAGUACAUGAUAGCGACUUCAGCUACAUCACCCCGGACGAGACAGCGAGGAGACCUGCAGCAGCGGGUGGAGGUCCCGGCAGCGAUGCCGAGCCCGAUAUCCUCCUGCUGAAACAUCUUGGAGUGACGUACCCGCUACACUUCCCCGCGUACGCAAUCGAUGACGGGGAAUUGACGGUGGGGGAACUGCGCCAGCUCGCGGCGCAGACCAUGAAGGCCGCGACCGCGGGCCAGAUCAAGCUGCUGUACAAGGGGAAACUGCUCAAGGAUGACGCUCGGCCGUGCAAGGCGGAGGGGUUGAAGCAGCAGUCGGAGGUGCUGUGCGUGGUGUCCGGCGUGCAGGCGCCUAGCGACGAGGACAGCGAGGGAAGCGAGGCUCGCUCUCGCAUGGUGGAGGAGGAACCGAAGACGAGCAAGGAUAAGAAGAAUAAGAAGAAGAACAAGGGCAAGGGCAAGAGCAAGGGCAAAGGCAAAACCCACCCCGAGGAGUCGGCGGCUGCCGCUGGCGGCCUGGACCCGAACAGCCUGGCGCCGCCAAUGGACCAGCGGCCCUCGUCGUCCGGCCGGUCGGGGGCGCCCUCGCCGGCGCCGAGCCUGAACAGUUUGGGCGGCCCGAGAGAGCAAGUUGCAGGGCUGGCGGCGUACUUCCGGGGCGUGCUGCUCCCGCCGUGUGAGAAGUACAUCCAGUCGCCGCCGACGGAGGCCAAGGCGCGCGACUUUGAGCACAAGAAGCUGAGCGAGACCAUCAUGAUGCAGGUCAUGCUCAAGGCGGACGAGAUCGAUCCCAACGGCGACGACCAAGUGCGCAGCGCCCGUCGCGCGCUGAUCAAGGAGGUGCAGUCUAUCUUGUCGCAGCUGGACAGCGCGAGCAUGCGCCCUUCCAUCUAGUGUACAUUUGUACAAAGCAUAUCAUUCUAGCUAUG